UCCCACCAAUGAAAGCAUUGGAUGGCUUCUAUGUUAUGACAGAUUGCCUUAGAAACCCAGGUGGGAGAGUUUAGAACAGGUACUUAAUAUCUGUUUUUGUAAAAAGACACAGGUAUUGCACAUAAUUAACUGCCUGGGGCUCUGAUAUGGAACAAGAAUCCCACCUGGGACCCCAGUCCUGGUGAAAGAAUGGGCUGCUACUGCUUUCAACUGAAAGUAUCUGUUGUUAGUCUUUCUGCACAUUUUGCUUCCCAUUCCUUUCAUUCCUUGAUCUUCAAGGUUGUUCACAGCUUCAUCUUCUCAAUCACUUUUAGAAGCUUUUGCUUACUGUCUUCAUCAGCAGUUUCAUAAGGUUCCAUGGAAAAUUGGUUUAGAGAUGAACGCAGGCUUUCAGCACCCCAAGAUGCACAUUCCCCCUGGUAAGCUGCCAUUACUCCUGAUGGGGAUAGUUUGUAUUACAGAAUUUCAUGCUGUACCAUUCGUUCUUCAGAAAGAUCCUAAGUGUGGGCAGAAAGUUCAUGAGACAAAUCCAUGGAGUUACCUUAACCUUUUCACUCGGAUUGUUGGGGGAAGCCAGGUGAAACAAGGCUCACAUCCGUGGCAGGUUUCCUUGAAACGAAGGCAGAAGCAUUUCUGUGGAGGCACCAUUGUUUCUGCUCAGUGGGUGGUCACAGCAGCUCACUGUAUCUUAGAAAGGAACAUACUCGAGUAUUUGAAUGUCACUGCAGGAGAGUAUGAUUUGAGGAUCAGGGAGAAUGGAGAGCAGACACUCCCUGUUAAAUAUGUCAUUAAGCACCCAAACUUUGACCCCAGAAGGCCGAUGAACUACGACGUUGCCCUUCUGAAGCUAGAUGGAGUCUUCAAAUUCAGUUCAUCAGUUUUGCCAGCAUGUCUUCCUGAUCCAGGUGAGAAGUUUGAAGCAGGAUAUAUCUGUACUACUUGUGGCUGGGGACGUUUAAAUGAGAACGGAGUACUCCCUCAAGUUUUAUAUGAAGUCAAUCUACCAAUUCUGAAUAGGAAGGAAUGUUCAAGAGCAUUGUCAUCUUUAAAGAAGCCCAUCCAAGGUGACACUAUAAUGUGUGCUGGAUUUCCAGAUGGAGGAAAAGAUGCCUGUCAGGGAGACUCAGGGGGCCCUCUUUUGUGCCAACGUAAGCAUGGUGUGUGGAUUCUCGCUGGUGUGGUCUCCUGGGGGAUGGGAUGUGCUCGUGGCUGGAUAGGUAAUGAGAAGAAGAAAUAUUAUGAAAGAGGAUCACCAGGAAUAUUCACAGACCUCAGUGCAGUACUUUCGUGGAUUCAAGAAAAUAUGAGUGCUGACCUGAAAAUGAAAAGUUCUACACCAUUUUGUGGUGUUCAAGAUGGCAAACUCCCAGACAAUGAAGGAGAAUUACAUUUUCCUGGAAGUCUCAAACAGUUCUAUCAAAACCACCAAUUGUGUGUAUGGACUCUACUUGUACCGGAAGGAAAUUAUAUAUUGCUUCAUUUUUCCCACUUUGAUAUAGAGCCAGAAACAUUUUGUGACUUUGAUUCUUUAUCAGUAUAUUCAAAAGACAACAGACUUCUUGGAAAAUUCUGUGGAGGAGAUCUUCCAUUACCUAUUUUGAUUGGCUCCAAUAGUAUAAGGCUGAAAUUUGUUUCUGACAGCAAGGAUUAUGGAACUGGUUUUUCCGUGAUGUAUAAAGCUCUUACACCAGAUAUACUUCCUAAUUCUGACUGUGAGUCCAUAGCUGUCCUUUUUGAAGAAGGAGUGUUACAAAGUAUGCACUAUCCAGAACAGUACAGUAAUCUGGCAGACUGUCAAUGGAUUAUUUAUGCACCAGAGGACCAUGUAAUCAAGCUUACAUACAAAUCUUUUGAAGUAGAAGAGAGUGAAGAUUGCUCUUACGAUGCUGUGACUGUAUAUGAAGAUGUGGGAAAAGAGGAGGAAAUUGCUAAGUCUUGUGGAUUUGACCUACCAGCACCUGUUUUAAGCUCCUCUGCUCUGAUGUUUGUUGUCUUUCACUCUGAUGAAACAAAGACCUUUGGAGGAUUCAAAGCUACAAUCUCUUUUGUUCGUGUAACAGAUUUAGAUACUCUGAAUUCAACUAGUGAAGAAGUUUUUGAAGAUAUGGAUACGACUGUAGAAGAAAUACAGGUUACAACAGAUGAUAUUUGUGGAGUGCCUUCAAAUCAGCCCAGGUUCAUCUUCAGUAGGAUAAUUGGAGGUGAAGAAGCAGUACCAUACUCAUGGCCUUGGCAGGUCAGCAUACAAAUUUCAAAUGAGCAUAUCUGUGGAGGAGCUGUCCUUGCCAAAGAAUGGGUUGUCACAGCUGCUCAUUGCUUUAAUUCUAAGGAAUUGUACAGAGACCUAUGGAUGGUGGUCACAGGACUUCAUGAUCUUACAGAGCAAGAAUACAGACAGAAAAGAUCAGUGAAGCAGUAUAUUAUACAUCCAAGCUUUAACAAAACCACAAUGGACUCAGAUAUUGCUUUACUGCAACUGGCCAAGCCCUUAGAAUUCAACCACUAUGUGCGGCCAGUGUGCCUCCCUGCGAAGGACGAAGUGAUUCAGCCCUCAACAGUGUGCAUCGUCACAGGAUGGGGGACACAUGAAGAAGACAGAGAAAAGAGUAAAAAACUACGUCAGCUGGAAGUCCCUAUCCUGGUGCUUGACAGAUGUCAGACCUAUUACAUAAAUCUGCCCAGUAAAGUGACUCAGAGGAUGAUCUGUGCUGGAUUCCCUCUGGAAGAAGGCAAGGACUCAUGCACACAGGGUGAUUCUGGUGGUCCAUUAGUUUGUCCUUCAGAAGAUGACUCACGAUUUUAUACCCUUCAUGGAAUCACUAGUUGGGGCUCGGGCUGUGGAAGGAAGAGCUACCCAGGAGUAUACACAAAUAUCGCGUUUUUUGUGGACUGGAUCAAGCAGAGUGUUAAUACUAGUGAUCUUCCCAUGUUCAUGGUGUAGCUGUCAAAAGAGCAGUUCUGAUGGACUACAUUGUAAAACACUUCCAAAGUACAAAUGUCAUUGAAAGCAACAUUUGGUGAAGCGUAUUAGAUUAUGACUGGUGAACAGAUUACAAAGUAGCUGAUACUUAGCUUGAUUCUUGUACUGCCUAUUUAUCCAAGAGAGACUUUGACCAUACCUGUAUGUUCUUGGGAAAUACAAAGGUUACUCACAUGCUUCUGGCACUGUCGGUCUGUAUUAGAAGGAACGAUAGGAAAAAUGAGUCACCUUAUACAUGUACUGUAUGUCAAGCAUGUCCUUGAAUGUAGCACUGGAGAGAACAAAAACUAAGAUGAAAUAAGCACUUGUGUAAAACAGCUUGAGGAAUAGUCCGUUAUCUUUCCAUUAAGGUCAAUGAGAGUGUUACCUCUGGCUCUGAAAGGACCUAGGCAGUGGCAGUAGUAGUGCAUUUGUGAGGAGCAGAAGAACAUUGUCUAGUGAUUAGUCAAUCAAAUUGCUGUGAAAAUUAUAUUUUAAUAUGACCAAGCGAUGGUCCCUAUAGGCCUGAUCUGACCAAUUUGAUUGUUAAAAUACUCUUUUCAGCUGAAAAACCUGGCCAGUCAUACCAGUAAUAAAGGUACCCGCUGCAGCAAGGAAGUUGAAUUGCAGUGUAAAAUACAUUUUUUUUUCCCUCUGGUUCUUUCCUAUUAUUUUUAAUUUUUAAAAGCAAUGUUUUGUUUAAAGAAGUCAUGCAGUUUUGAGGAGUUAGAAUGUGCUUACACCAUCAAUCCCCCAUUGUUGUAACAAUUUUUCUACAUGUAACUGCAUCAAAAGAACUUCAGUGCUUGUAGAAAGUCACUACCAAAUGAGGAGAAGGCAUAACUAUCUCCAAAACUAUUCAGGCUUUUAAGAUGUAAGGUAGGAUCGGCAAUGAGCCAGGAUGACUUGCAUGACCACUACCUUCUGGUCUGCCUUCACAGUGGAAUUGUCCAUUAGUGUGAAGCCCUAUGUAUUAGCUCAUGUAUUCUGCAAGAUUUUCAUGGCUUGUUAAGAUUAAAAUUCCUCUGAAAGACAUUUUCUUGACAUUACAUAAGUUGUUGUGGAUGUAUGGAAUUCUACAAAGUCAGGGCUGUGCUAGUUGGAAAUGCUGAUCUCAGCUAUCCACAACUUUUCAAUAAUCUCUACAACCUGGGAUGAUGGAGGUAUGCUUAAUCAAAUGUUUCCCUUGCAUCAGCCAUGCACCCACUUUAAUUCCAUGGUUGCAAUAUUUUUUUAUUGAUUGAGAGAAAAGAGAAUCUGGGUCAUUAGCUUAAGUUUUCACUAUACUUUUGUGAAGUCUGUAUUUAACUGAACUGUUUGACAUCAGCUAUGUAAAGUAUAUUACUUAAGGUCGGUUCAUCUUGGUUAGCAAUGCAAGUAUAGACUGAGGUCUAAAUGAAGUCUUGAUGACUUGUCCAAUAUUUGUAGUGUGGUGUUGCUAUGCCUGUGGGGAAUCUGAAAAUGGCUGAGAUUCCAAUUACUUGUAUUCAGGACUUCAGUAAUGGUCAUCAAAGUUAACAGAUGUGCUCACAAAGCAUUAGGUAUUGGAUUGUCUUUGGAAUCAAACCACUUGCUGGU